CAAAAGGAAUACACAAACGCGUGUAUCAGCAUUCAACACUCUUCAUACAUCGCAGAUAGAUCAAUAUUGGAAAGUUUUGUGGAAGUUAACAUGGGUUUUCAGUCACAUUGGUUAAAACUUAUAUUUUUAUUUACUUGCGUCGAUCUCUGUCUAUCUCAGAAAAAUGAGCGUAAUGCUGCCGUUGACGACAGAGGAUUCUCAGGGAACGAGACAAUGGAGGGGGUAGGGGUCUCCCUUACGGGCCUCAUGGUUCUGGACAGUCAUCUGACCACGGUGUUCCUCCCCAUCGUCUACAUAGUGGUGUUUGCUGUGGGGCUGCCCACCAACACCAUGGCCAUCUGGGUCUUCCUGUUCAGGACCAAGAAGAAGCACCCUGCCACAAUCUACAUGGCCAACCUGGCUCUGUCUGACCUGCUCUUUGUCAUCUGGACGCCUCUGAAGAUCGCCUACCACUUCAACGGUAACAACUGGAUCUAUGGAGAGAGGCUGUGUAAAGUCCUAGUGGGCUUCUUCUAUGGGAACAUGUACUGCUCCAUCCUCUUCAUCACCUGUAUCAGUGUCCAGCGCUACUGGGCCAUUGUUUACCCCCUCUCCCAGGAUUGUAGGAACAACCAUGUAGCCAUCGGUGUCUCGGUCACAGUCUGGGUGGGGGUCUGGCUGCUGACCACCCCUCUCUACCUCUACGACCAGACAGUCAAGGUGACCAACCUCAACAUCACCACCUGCCAUGACGUCAUCCGGCCCAGCCAGAUUAGCAUGGCCGUCGGCUAUUUCCUGACCAUGGGAACCCUUGGAUUUGUAGUUCCCACUGUGGUGUGCGUGGUGGCCUACGUUCUGAUGCUCAAGUCCCUGAGGAACUCAAUGACGGACAACAGCAUCUCCAAGAAUCGGCGCAAGGCUGUGGUGCUCAUCAUUACUGUGCUGGUCAUGUUCCUGGUCUGUUUCACCCCCAGUAACAUCAUGCUGCUGGUGCACUACUCCCUCCUGCUGGCCGGAGUAGUGAACGAUGGCUACGGCUUCUACAUCACCACCCUGUGUCUGGCCGCCCUCAACAGCUGUGUGGAUCCAUUCAUCUACUACUUCAUCUCAGAGGAGUUCAGGGAGCACGUGAAGAACACGCUGAGGUGCCGAAGUGAGAGGACAGUGGCGAGGAUGAGGGUCUCGUUCAGCGCUCUUAAGUACUCCAAGAAAAAAAGCACCUACACGUCAGACUCAGGGAACACACAGAGCAGCUCCUGUUAAGGGGGUUGUCAUGUGGAGAUGGAAGUUGGCUGUACUGAUGUUUUUAAAGUACUGGACGGGUGAAAGGGAAAGAGCUGCUGACCAUCUGCCAUGUUGCUUUCACCUGACUUUCAUCAUUAUUAAUGGAAAAGGCGCCAUUUUAAACUGAGUUGCAGCCCCAGACUACUUCAUAUUAUGUGCUAGUGUUACAUUGGCUUCUCUUCCCUCAUACAUGAUAUUUACAUGGAGAUUUUGUUGGUUUUAUAUAGAGGGCAAAAUUAGUAAGAGUGAGGCAAAUUGUUUUUAUUCCGUGUUACUGGUCCAUCCUCCACGUUUAGACAAUCAGAUGUCCAUUAAGUCUGGUCCAACCCGGAGCUCUCCAAAACUUUCAACUGAGUUCUCAGUGCCCUGCACUGACCCUUCACUUCUUUAAGUGAGCCAUUCACAUACAGUACCUAGUGAAAGUCUACACACCCCUUGCACAGUUAUGGCAUUUUCUACACCACCUGCUUGACAUUUUCAAAGUGAAAGAAAAAGUAUAGAAAAUGUUUGAAAAGAAUAAACAAAGAUGUCUUGUUUGUAUUCACACCCCAUAGUUAACACUUAGUGGAAGCACCUUUGGCAGCAAUUACAGCUGAAAGUCAUUUUGAAUAACAUUCUACCUACUCUUAGUGUAACAUUAUAACCAUUGUUUUUGUCAAAAUUGCUCAAGCUCAGUGCAGUUGGUUGGGAAUCAUUGAUGAAGGCAAACAGUCUUUGAUUUUCAAGCAGAUUUAAGUCAGGCUGGAAACUGGACCCCUCUGAAACACUCAACACCUUUUGGAAUGCCAUUCUGGUGUGUCUUGUUAUUCAAAUCUCUGUAAUUGUCCCCCUUGACUUUUUCCACAUUUUGUUAUGUUACAGCCUUAUUCUAAAAUGAAUUAAAUUGUUUUUCCCCCUCGUCAAUCUACACACACUACCCCAUAAUGACAAAGCAAAAACAGGUUUUUAGAAAUUUUUGCUCAGUACUUUGUUGAAAUCUUCUUGGGUAUGAUGCUACAAGCUUGGCACACCUGUAUUUGGGGUGUUUCUCCCAUUCUUCUCUGCAAAUCCUCUCAAGCUCUGUCAGGUUGGAUGGGGAGCGUCACUGCACAGCUAUUUUCAGGUCUCUCCAGAGAUGCUCAAUCGGGUUCAGGCCCGGGCUCUGGCUGGGCCAUUCAAGGACAUUCAGACACUUGUCCUUGAAGCCACUCCCACAUUGUUUUGGCUGUGUGCUUAGGGUCGUUGUCCUGUUGGAAGGUGAACCAUCGCCCCAGUCUCUGAGGUCCUGAGUGGUCUGGUGCAGGUUUUCAUCAAGGAUCUCUCUGUACUUUGCUCCGUUCAUCUUUCCCUCGAUACUGACGAGUCUCCCACAGCAUGAUGCUGCCACCACCAUGCUUCACCUUAGGGUGGUGCCAGUUUUCCUCCAGACGUGAGGCUUGGCAUUGAGGCCAAAGAGUUUAAUCUUGGUUUAAUCAGACCAGAGAAUCUUGUUUCUCUUGGUCUGUGAGUCCUUUAGGUACCUUUUGGCAAACUCCAAGCGUGCUAUCAUGUGCCUUUUACUGAGGUGUGACUUCCGUCUGCCCACUCUACCAUAAAGGCCUGAUUGGUAAAGUGCUGCAGAGAUGGUUGUCCUUCUAGAAGGUUCUCCCAUCUCCACAGAGGAACUCUGGAGCUCUGUCAGUGACCAUCGGGUUCUUGAUCACCUCCCUGACCAAGGCCUUUCUCCACCGACUGCUCAGUUUGGCCGGGCAGCCAGCUCUAGUAAGAAGUCUUGUUGGUUCCAUUUAAGAAUGAUGAAGGCCACUGUGUUCUUGGGGACCUUCAAUGCUGCAGACUUUUUUUUUGGUACCCUUCCCCAUUUCUGUGCCUCGACACAAUCCUGUCUCGGAGCUCUAUGGACAAUUCCUUCGACCUCAUGGCUUGGUUUUUGCUCUGACAUGUACUGUCAACUGUAGGACCUUUUUAUAUAGACAGGUGUGUAACUUUCCAAAUCAUGUCCAAUCAAUUGAAUUUACCACAGGUGGACUCUAAACAGGUUGUAGAAACAUCUCAAGGAUGAUUAAUGGAAACAGAAUAUACCUGAGCUCAAUUUUAAGUCUCAUAGCAAAAUGUCUGUUUUUUAAAAAUAUAUAAAUUGGAAAACAUUUCUACAAAACUGUUUUUGCUUUGUCAUUAUGGGGUAUUGUGUGUAGAUUGAAGAUUUAAAAAAUAUUUAAUAAAUACUCUCUGAAUGCACUGUAUUUACCUGGGCAUUUCUCCUGUAUUUCUCUUUGAUCCCGACAGACUCCCCAGUAUCUGCCGGUGACAAGCAUCCCCAUAAUAUGAUGUUGCCACCACAUUACUUGAAAAUACGAGGGGUUGGUAGAAUCUUAUUUCAAAUUAUUUUCAGCUGUAAUUGUGAAGACCUGCACAAUCAAGACAUCUUCAUAAUAAAUGUUUUUACGUUGUCUUUCACUUUGAAAAUGUGGAACAGGUUGUGUAAAUUGGUAGAAGAAAACUAGAAUGUAAUCCCUUUAGAAUGUUAAGGCAGAACCUUUUGAAGCUGUUAAAGGGAUGUGUGAUUUUCACUAAUCAUUGUAAACCAUGAAUGUAUGAUAUUUCUAUCACCUAUGCAUAUG